AUGUACAACAAGGAAUUUAUAUGCUUGCUCAUGGCACUGCUUUGUGUCCAGGCCUGGGGCAGGCUGAACAAACGCAGUGGUUACUACUACAGACCGCAGCCGCAACCCCAUCCGCAACACCAGCAUGGUGGUUUCUUUGAGCCCGCAUUGCCCCAACAACAUCCACAUUCACAGCAACAUCCUCAGCAUCAACAUCAUUACAGCAGCAGCAGUAGCAGCAGCAGCUCCAAGAGCCACAAUAGUCUGGAUCAUGGUAGCAGCAGCAAGUCUGGCUAUAGCAUUGGCAGUGGUCUGCGCUCCAUAGCACAAGGAUCCGCGGAUCAGGCGCACAGCGCUGUGGCCAAUCAACAUGCGGCAGCCAAACAAGCUGCAUUUAUCGCUAAAAAUACAUUGGCACAGGCUGCCUCUCAGGCAGCGGCCACUGCGCAAGCAGCACUGGCUGGCAAGCAAGUGUUGCUGCAGGAACUGGAGCAGCAGGCAGCGGAGGCACACCGAGCACUCUCCCGCGAACUGGAGCAGCUCAAGGCAGCCAAGGUGUCGGCAAAGUUGGCCCAGCAAACCGCACAAUCCGCCCAUAAUCACAUCUCUGUGCUAACUGCGGCAGUCAACAAUGCCAAGGCAGUGGUGGAGCAAGCAGAACAAACGGCCAGUGAGGUGUCCAAUCAGCUCGGAUCACAGGCAACAAUGGUGGGUCAAGCGAAGAAUCGUUUGGAGCAAGUGGAGGAGCAGUUACAGCAGGCACGCGUUGAUUUCGCGGCCACCAAAGAGUCAGCGCUGAAGGCAGCCUCCUCAGCGGCAGCCGCACAGGUGAAUGCAUCCAAGGCGGGUGCACAUGCUACAAUUGGACUCCACGAGAGUGCCAAUCAGCAAGAGCACAGCCUGCACGAUGAGGAGCUGGAAGAGUCAUACGAUGAGCACAUUGACACUAGUGGUGUUGGUCACACGGCUAGCGAUGACAUCGAGGAGCAUCAUCGCAAUGGUUAG